AUGGUGUUCAAAAUACUUACAGGCAAGGUUUCGAUUGAUAGGCGUGAUCUUUUCACUCUUCUCCCCUCUCAUACCAGAGGUGCUAAGUCCAAACUACGUCUGUCCAAGGCUAGGACAAGUGUCAGAUCUAAUUUCUUUUCAUUACGAGCGUCUCGGGAGGUCUUCUGUUUUUACACUUAUGACCUACCGCAUCUAGUGGAGUUACAAGGAGUUAAAUGCAAAAUGUUUGCCGAUGAUGUUAAAAUAUAUAAUCCCAUAGCUGACAAUGCGGAUACUGUCAGAAUCCAAGUAGCCAUCGAUGAAGUCGUUAGGUGGUCUAACUUAUGGGGACUCCCCCUGGCCUCGGACAAAACUUCAGUUCUCCGUUUAGGGAGGUCUACAUCUCACAAUAACUACUACAUAGGAGGCUCUGCCUUGCAUAACGUUAACCAAGUCAGAGAUUUGGGUUUCAUAAUUGAUAAUGCUUGUACACUAAGGAUCCCUGUGUUCUUUAUUAGAGCUUAUAAGACAUUCGUUCGCUCUAUUCUGGAAUAUGGAUCCAUGAUUUUUUUUCCUCAUUCGAAAAAAUCCAUUUAUAGGCUUGAAGCUAUUCAAAAUAGUUUCACUAGGAAGGUUUUGAUUCGCGCUUUGGGGUCUAAUUAUAAGGCUAUACCAAGAGGUGUCAUCAGGAACAAGAUGCUUGGUCUUGAUUCUCUUCUAUGCCGACGAAAAAAAUUAGAUUUGUUGAUGGUGUUCAAAAUACUUACAGGCAAGGUUUCGAUUGAUAGGCGUGAUCUUUUCACUCUUCUCCCCUCUCACACCAGAGGUGCUAAGUCCAAACUACGUCUGUCCAAGGCUAGGACAAGUAGUACCGACGUCAAUACUGUGCACGAACUCAUAGUACAGCUCGCACGUACAAUAUCCUGCGGCGGAAACUAUCUCCUGAACGUUGGACCCGAUAUGCAUGGUAAAAUCCCACCUAUAUUUGAGGACCGUCUCAGAGAGCUUGGAAGGUGA